AUGACCGCAACGAACUCUACAAGGUUUCUAUAUAGUCUACAAGAGCAAUAUUCAGAUUCGUUUGCAAAAAAUUUUACAGUUGUCCUUCUUGCUGUCAUAAUUGUCUCGGUAAAUGGAAUGUUUGUACUCACAUUUUUCAGGAGUUCAAUUUUCUAUACAGAUCCAAGGUACAUAUUAUAUAUUCACUUGGUUAUGAAUGACAUGCUAAUGGUUUGUAUUACUGUAAUACUUUUUGUGAUGGCUUAUGCGUGGCAAAAUGUACCCAUCCCGUUCUGUGUUACACUGCUAAUAAUAUCAUCAGCAACCCAUAAGAACACUCCUCUGACUUUGGCUGGUAUGGCCAUUGAGCGUUACAUUGCCGUCUGCAAACCACUGCAUCACCAUCAGAUUUGCACAGUGCGCAGGACGUACAUCCUCAUCUCUCUGAUAUGGAGUGUUGGAGUUUUACCUGCAUUGGCUGACUUGAUUCUCCUUUCAAUUGUUCGUCCUUUGACUAUUUCAUCAACAGUUACUUCUUGCAGUGCCUCAAUUUUGUAUAUCACACCAUAUCAUGAAGUCCAAAACAAAUGUAUGAAUGGUCUUUAUUCCUCUGUUGUGUGUCUAAUACUCGUAUACACAUAUUGCCAAGUGCUGAUCACAGCCAAAAAGGCCUCUACUAAUAAAUCCUCAGCAAAAAAAGCCCAAAGCACCAUCCUGCUACACGGAGCCCAGCUUCUGCUCUGUAUGCUGUCCUAUAUCAGUGCUGUCGUAGACAAGAUAUUUGUCCCACUUUCACCUAUAGAUCGAGCAAGACUAACCUUUUUAAAUUAUCUUCUUACCAAUAUAUUACCACGAUUGCUUACUCCCCUGAUUUAUGGGGUUCGGGAUAAACAUUUUAACAAACACAUGAAGGGACUUUUAUCAUGCAGAUUGCACGCUGUAAAGGUUGGAUCAGUCAAACGAUGA